AUGGCUGCCGAAGCUGCUGCGAAGCGCAAGUGCAGCGGCGCAGACUGCGACAACGAUGCAGGUUCUCUCCAAUGUCCCACCUGCCUAAAGCUGGGCAUAAAAGAUAGCUUCUUCUGUUCGCAGGACUGUUUCAAGAGGAAUUGGGGCACACACAAAGCUCUUCAUAAAUCACAGAGUAAUUUCCUCAGUAACCUCUUCCCCCCAAAUGCGGUCUCUAAACCAGAUCCAGACACCGGGCUCUACGACCCUUUCCCUACCUUCCCCUACACCGGCUCCUUGCGACCCGUCUACCCUCUUUCAGAACGUCGAGAGGUACCGAAAACCAUAACGCACCCCGACUAUUGGAAAGAUGGGAUCCCACACAGCGAGCGGACGUUCGGCGGGAGGAAUAAGAUUGAUAUUUUGGACAAGGCGGGGCAAGAUGCAAUGAGAAAGGUUUGUCGACUGGCAAGAGAAGUGCUGGAUAUUGCGGCGGCCGCUGUCAGACCUGGAGUCACCACCGACUAUAUUGAUGAGGUUGUACACAAGGCUUGCUUAGAGAGAGAUUCUUACCCAUCACCUCUGAACUACGGCCACUUCCCCAAAUCAGUCUGCACAUCUCCGAACGAAGUUAUCUGCCACGGCAUACCGGACAAACGAGUUCUCCUGGAUGGUGAUAUCCUCAAUAUCGAUGUGACGCUAUACCAUGGCGGAUACCAUGGUGAUCUGAACGAGACAUACUAUGUUGGCGAGAAGGCAAAGGCGGAUCCGGACUCGGUACGAGUUGUGGAAGCUGCCCGAGAAUCUCUAGCCGCGGCCAUCACACUCGUGAAGCCAGGUGCACUUUUCAGAGAUUACGGAAACGCCAUAGAAAAAGUCGCCAAGUCGAAAAACUGCAGUGUCAUCAAGACAUAUUGUGGGCAUGGUAUCAAUACCUUGUUCCAUUGCUCACCAAACAUUCCGCAUUAUGCCAAAAACAAGGCUGUCGGAGCUGCGAAGGAGGGGAUGUGCUUCACGAUUGAACCUAUGAUUGCUCUAGGCACUCAUAGGGACAAGACAUGGCCGGACGACUGGACCAGUGUUACUCAGGAUGGCAAGAGGACAGCGCAAUUCGAACAUACUCUCCUAGUGACAGCUGAUGGGGUGGAGAUCUUGACUGCGAGGUUCCCGGAUUCUCCUGGCGGACCCAUUCCCAUGCCGAUCGUUGAGACGAACGGAGAAACAAUAGUCGCGUGA